AAACUUGCUGGGAGAGCACCUUGGACCAGCGGCUUGAGACAGGAACCGCCAGAAAACGAGCGACAAAGCUUAUGUGCAGUUCGCACAUCUCCGGAGGGACUCGGACCCAGGGAAUGCAGAUGUAUCGGCAAGUUGCAUGAAACGGUAAUCAGGAGAGACAAGCGCGAUGCGAACACGCCGAGGCGGAGCGAUCACACAGCGGCUAGACUGAGCAAAUAGGUAUCAAGUUAAAAAAUGACAAACCACAAGAAACAGAAGCAAAUAAACUGAAGAAUGGAUGUUCGGAUUGCAGAAGAGUCCUUGUGGCAUGCUCCUGAAAUGAAGCGGGGUUGUGAGGAGAAAUCGCUUUACCUCUGGGAUUCAGCUCUUGCGCAACGCGGCCUGGGUGCACGACAGAGGACACUCUGCAGCAGCAAGGUCUAGAUCCUGCUGGCCUAGUGAAAGCUCCAGAGUCAUGUUCUACGGGUCUUCUGCAAGCAUGUCCCUGCCCUCCAAGAAAAAACUGAAGAGGCAGAGUCGGACCUUCACACAGGUCCUGUACCGGACUUUGAGUUACCGAGACCGCCGCUCUGUCACCGACAUCAACGACCAGGUGGCCGAUGACCCCGCCGAGCUGUCCACCCAGACCUCGGUCCCUGGGGUGCUCAAGAUCUUCGGGGAUGAGAUCUGCAUAGGAGCCAACUACAAGAGCGUGCUGGCCACCCCGCGCUCCAGCGCCCAGGAGCUGGUGAAGGAGGCCCUGGAACGCUACUCCCUAAACAAGGCUGCUGCCUGCGAGUACCUGCUCUGUGACGUCAUCGGGAGGUUCGAGGGGGCGGACAAGCGCUGGCGGACCGAGUGCCUCAGGGCCCUGGGGGACAACGAGAAGCCCCUCCUGCUGCAGGACUUGUGGAAGCCGAAGGAAGGAUUCGCCCGCAGGUUCGAGCUGCGCAGACGGGCUGAAGUGGAGGAGAUGGCUGCCAGGGAGAAAGACACUGUUACAGCAGGACCCCUCAAACAGCCCCACCUAAUAGUGACACCUGCUGGUAGAGGUGGGAAUCACAGCGCUGGGAGGUCACCUCAGUUCCAAUGUCUGCCGAUGUCUAUUACUGCCCCAGCAGUGUGUUCUAGCAGCUACACAGAUAUAAACGCCCAGGCGAGGAAGCUGCAGCGGAACCGAGCGAAGGGAACCACAACGCUGUCCCCGGGGGAGUCGUUCUGCCGCAGCCUGAGCGAGACAAGCCUCAACCUGACGGGCAGGCCUGGGGAUGAGCCCAAGAGAUACUACUCCACGCUGCCAGGGCCGCUGCGAGGGCGGGCAGGGAGGGAGGGCUCUCACUACGGCAGGAAGAAGGAGGAGGGCUCCCACUACGGCAGGAAGAAGGAGGAGAGGGAGGGCGGGGGCGUGCGGCACUCCCUCUAUCACUCACCCCACCUGCUGCUGCUCCAGGGGUUCGACCAGCGCAACGACUGCCUGGUGUACCUCCUGAACCGAGACCAGCACACCGUGGGUCAAGAGACAGCCUCGGCCCGGCCCAACAUCUGCCUGUCUUCCCCGGAUGUCCUGCAGCUGCACUGCAAGAUCAAGAAGAUCCAGGUGGUGAGGCGCUUAAGCCAGACUGUGGAGGAGAGGCUGGUGGUGGAGCCGCUCCCUCAGGCCAGCGUCUUAAUCAACUUCUCCAGAGCGGACCACACCACCCAGCUGCGCCACGGGGACCUGCUCUCCUUCGGUGCCCACUACAUAUUCCUCUACAAGGACCCUGUGAGUGCCAAGCCUCUUCCGACACAGACACUCAGCAGGCUUAAAAUCCUCUUCCAGCUGCCCGAGCCUGAGCUGGACCUGGCGGCCCCCCUGGCUUGCAAAAUGUGUGGCAGCGUUUUCAAGGAGAAGCCGCCGCAGCAGCAGCCCGUCCGCAGAAGUUUCAAGCCCCACCUAAUUAAAAGCAAAAGCCUGCAGAGAAGGAAGCUGCACCUGGACUUCGAGAAAGCCCAGGAGGACGAGUUGAUCGGGAGAAUAAUAUCCCUCAUCGAGCCAGGUGGGGAUGACCACAAGCUGACCCCAGCGUACCUGCUUUGCCUGUGCAUCAAGCAUUCAGCCACAGCCUUUGAGGCAGGAAGCUUUGGAAAGCUUCUUCUAAAGAUUGUGAAAAGGAUACAGUCUAUAGCUUGGGAGAAGACUAAAGAGCUGGCAGAGAAACAGGCUCAGCACCAGGACGCAGCCUCCCUGUCCCUGCUGAAUGUCACAGACCUGGUCCCAGACCUGCAGCUCAUCCUGUUCUGGAUGUCCAACUCCAUCGAGAUCCUCUACUACAUCCAGCAGAAGACCCCAGGCUUCCUGCAGGGCAUGGAGCAGCUGGAUGUAAAAGGUUCUAAAGUAUCCCUGCUCUCCACCGCCAUAUCGGCCAACGAGGAAGCCAUGACUAUCUUAGAGGAAGUGAUCAUGUACACCUUCCAGCAGUGUGUGUAUUAUAUCACCAAGUCUUUGUACGUCUCCCUGCCCGGCUUGCUGGAAUGUAACCCUUUUCAGGCUGAGAACAGUGACCCCUGCUGGCGAGGAGGCUCCCCUGCGCUCCCAGAGCCUGUCCGCAAGGUGGUUCUGAUCUACCAGACCACACUGGACCUGCUGCAGCAGUACCAGGUGCACUCCGAGGUCCAGUCCCAGAUGUUUGCUUACCUCUUCUUCUUCACCAACGUCUCCCUCUUCAACCAGCUCUUAGAUAAAGGUCCACUGCGGGGCUGGUUCCACUGGUCUCGGGGCGUGCAGAUCCAGGGCAGUCUUCGUCUGGUGCUGGAGUGGGCUGGGAACGCUGGCCUCAGUCAUCUGGCUGAGGAGUUCUUCUCCAAGUUCUCCAGCGCUGUGAGCCUGCUGGCCACGCCAACCCUGCAGCUUGUGCAGAUGACCUGGAAGUCUCUCUGCAGUGAUUACCCAGCUCUCAAACCAGCCCAGCUGCACCACCUCCUGACUAAGUACCAGCUGGCUCCGGAUGCAGGGCCCAUCCUGGCCUGGCAGCCCAGCCCAGAGGAGGAGGCACAGAUCUACAGGACAGUGGAUCUUCUGGAGAGUUUUGAGAACCACCCCCCCAUUGUCCUGCCCAGCAGUGGAUUCCAGGUGGACUUUGAGUCGGACACUGUGGAUGACAACAUCUACAGACAGCUGCUGUAUGUGCGCCACUUUCUGUGGAGCCUGAGAGCAAAGUCCCCCUCCACCAACGGCAGCACAGAUUCCCAGGAGUUACAGAGAGAGCCACCGUUAUCUCAUAGUAGCCCAAGGCCGGCAGCUCCAAUAGGUCACAGCACCCCAACCAACCACCAUCACUCAGGCAGCCACCUAGAGACCCAGCCCGACGGGAGAGUCUCGGUCGUGUCCAAUCUCAGCAGCGGUCCUAGAGAUGGUCAGUGUCACGAAGACAGGCUCAAAGAGAGGCUGAAUCAUGUACUGCUGCAGGGCAACCUGGGAAGGAACAGCUCAUUUCUGCAGAGCCUGCUGACCCCUCCCAACACACUCCUCUACACUGACCUCCGCCAGCAGGACAGCGCGCCACCCAACAGGGGGGGCAGGACUAUCCACGACGUCAAUAAAGGAUUGAACAGCUUCACCGUCAAUGGAGUGGAAGGCAACAACAGCGAUGAGGUUAUUGACUUCCCCACCCCUGUCUCCUCCAGUCUCAGUUCAGCAGCUGAUGAUUUCUGUUACGUGUUUAUAGUUGAGCUGGACAAGGGACCCUUCGGACUAGGAAUGGGGCUGAUUGAUGGUCUGCACACGCCCCUCAAUGCCCCUGGGAUCUAUAUCCGAACACUGAUCCCUGAUGGGCCGGCUGCUUCAGACGGGAGGCUCAACAUUGGAGACAGAAUCUUAGCUGUGAAUGGAACCAGCCUGAUUGGAGCAGACUACCAGAGUGCUGUGGAUCUGAUCCGCGUCGGAGGUGGGAGGCUCCGUUUCCUCGUCGCCAAGUCCGACAUGGAAAUCUCGGAGAAAAUCAGUGCAUCGUCCUGUUAAAAGUGUAAACCUACUCCAAUCCACCACCGUCCCCUGCAGCUAAUCUGGGAGAGUGGGCAAGAAAACAAAACGCUGCUCACAAAAACAGCACAUUCAAUGGAAUUAUAUGUCUGAGGAGUACAAAUUGUUACUUAAGACUUAAGAUGAAGUAAUAUAUUGGCAUACUAAACUUCUGUAACCUCUCUAGGAACCUGGCCAACUGAAUUUCUUGGCCGAUUUCCUGCUUUCUGCUGCAUCCCUUUGUAGAAAAAAAAAAAACAGUGCUAUGAAACUAAGAAAGAACAGAUCCAUUUGGUUUUACAUUGGUGAACAGCACACUUUAUAAUCUUGUGAUUUCAUUCAAAAUGAAUUCAAAACGCACAUUCACUCACAAGCAUUUUUAUUAUGAAUUCCGUGGUUCCUUACAAAGGGGUUGUUUUAUUAACAAAACAACUUUUGCAUUUUAAAGCACAUCACCUUUCAAUGAUUAAUUAAACUUGAAUAAAUGAACAUACUGAGCUAGUGUGUCUUUACCAACAUACGUUCUUUCACCAAUUGCAAACAUCACUCAGUAUUAAAACUACUUUGAUUUGUUACAAUGACACUUGUAAUGUUUAAUUGUAUUGUUGGUUUUGUCUGCAGUGUGUUUACUGUCAGUUUAAACCGUAGAUGAAUGAAUGUAAUUCAGUUCUAACAACUCAAAUGGUUUUCAAAUGUAUUUAUAACCAAAGGGAAAAUUGUUAUCUUUGAUAAGACAGUUAUCUCCUGAUAACUCAUUGCAACAAAAGAAACAUAUAUGUGCAUGUUUAGCACACUUUUGUACAAGCACCAUCAAGAGGCUACCCACUGCUACUACACCAAUAGAACACUAGGAAUUGUCAUUGUUUCUGUAUUGUUUGAGAAGAUUGAACAUCUCGAAAGGACUUGUGUACACAUACAUGGUUCUUUGUCUUAACAAUUCAUUGACAGCACUUAGAAAUACUUGCAUAGAGAAAGUCGUGCUUAACAAGGGCAAUUAUUACUUAAGCUUUGGUAUUUUUUUUUGUCUAUGAAUCUUUUAGAAUGUUUUACGGAGUAUCUUAAUGACAGUAAAGUAUAUGAACUAAAACUAAACUCAAGAGUAACAAAUUGCACUGUAAUUUUGUUGGCAUUUCCCUUUAAGUAUUUGUAUGGUUAAUAUUGUCUCACAAUUGGGCAUGUGCUUUCAGUUGUCAGUGAGAAACUAUCUCAGUACUGAUGCACUUUCCAUACGUAUUAUAGUAUGUAACCAGUUUAUUUUUUUCCCCUGUGCAUUAAAUAGUGAAGCAUUAUGAGACCUAGUGACCAGUGUGUGCUCAUACCGUUUUAUACCAAGCUCAAUUGGAUUUUUGUCAGGUCUACAAAUGUGUUUUUAAGAAAGGCGUUCUUUGUAUUGUGUUUUUUAGAAAGGUAUUCUUUGUAUGUUGCAACCAAAAAAUAAAGUUUUUUUUUGUAUCCUGA